AUGGGCAGCUGCGUCCUGUGCAAGCGCCUGCUUCCCGUCAAGUCCUACGCUAAUAGUAUUGGCUUCAUCUUCCCCAUUGAUCCGAAAGACUACACGUUUUCUGGACUUAAAGGUGAAACUGUGGGUCGACUGCCUGGAAAAGUAGCAGGGCAACAAUUUGUCAUUCAGGACUGUGAGAACUGUAGUAUCUACAUAUUUGAUCAUUCUGCUACAAUCACUAUUGAUGACUGCAUAAACUGCCAAAUCUUUUUAGGACCAAUAAAAAGUAGCGUUUUUUUCCGUGACUGCAAAGACUGUAAAUGCAUAGUGGCCUGCCAACAGUUUCGUACUCGGGACUGCAAACGGCUGGAGGUAUUCUUGUGUUGUGCCACCCAACCCAUUAUUGAGUCCUCCACAGGUAUGAAGUUUGGCUGUUUCCAGUACUAUUAUCCUGAGCUUGCUUUACAGUUCAAGGAUGCUGGACUGAGUAUCUUCAAUAACACAUGGAGCAACAUCCAUGACUUUACCCCUCUGUCAGGAGAAAAUAACUGGGGGCUUUUGCCUGAGGAUGCUGUAGUUCAAGAUUAUGUUCCUCUGCCCAGUUCUGAAGAGCUGAAAGCUGUCAGAGUUUCUACAGAUGCUAUGAGAAGCAUUAUACCAAUAACUCGAGGGCGGAGACAGAGAAGCAGCGAUGAAUCGUGUUUGGCAGUGUUUUUUGCUGGUGACUACACGACUGCAAAUGCCAGAAAGUUAAUUGAUGAAAUGACUGGCAAAGGCUUUCAGUUGGUACAGACUAAAGAAGUCUCAAUGAAAGUGGAGGAUGCUCAGAGAGUUUUCCAGCAUUGUGCAUCAGAAUUCAUUCCACUGCUUGAAAAAGGUCCAGUGGUUGCUCUGGAAUUCAAUGGAGAUGGUGCUGUGGAAGGAUGUCAAAGCAUUGUAAAUGAUGUUUUCAGUGGAACCAAGGUUUUUGUAUCGGAGAGCAAGGCAUCAGCGUCUCAAGACGUAGACAAUUUCUACAACUUUGCUGACAUGCAGAUGGGAAUGUGAAGUCUAACAUGAAAACGUUCACGUAUGGUUUGUCCCAGCGCCUGGAUAUAUUGACUUGAAUGUUGCAGGAGUAUGAGAGAAGUUUUCUCAUUUGAUUUUGUAUUUCUUCUAUAUCCCUCUUAUAAAAGCUAUUGCUGGCUUUAAUACCAUGUUACAUAAACUACAGUAAGUGGUAUAGCUCCCCAUGUACGUUGUUUGAAACUUACAUUUCAACUCCAGAAACUAUGGAGGCUCCCUCUUCCCCCUCCGCCCCUGAACUUGUCUUUACAAUGAUUUCUUAACUGUCAUUGACACUUGAGCAUUUCUUACCAAUGCCUAAUGGUAAGUCAUAUUUGAAAAGUGCAAUGCUGGUCCACAUUUGAUGCAUUAGUAAUUGUUAACUCAGACACAUGGUAUAGAAAGUGCAUUUAUGUGAAACUUACUGUUCAAAACUUUCCCACAUGCAAAUUUGUCUUCACUGGGGCCAGGGAGGAAGCUGUAGUCAAUGACUUUUUUUCUGAAAGCUUAGUGUGAAGUGAUUUUUAUAGCAUGCUUUCAGGAGCAAUGCAUGACUUACCCUCUUAUAAAAUGUACAUCUGGUUUAUUCUGCUUCAGCAUCUUUAUUGAAUGAAGUUGUUUGCAGCAGCAUUUAUGCUGAGGGUUGUCAUAACAGCAUUCUGAGAAGUGAAAUCUUCCUAGGCUCUUACGCUCCAAGGUGAAUGUUGAGCUUGAGUCUGCGGAAGAUGCUGUAAGCUUCCGUUGAGGGUCUCUGGUAUUACAGAUGCCUUUAGGAUUCCUGAGUAAUGUGUGGGAUAUACAUGAGGUUCACCUGAACUCGAGAGUAAUAAGUCACCAGCAACAUCCUUGUUUGUUGCAAGAGACAUAUAGCAACCUGGAAUCAGAAAAGGGCUGCGGCUUUAGAAAAGCUUUCCUUUGCUGUCCCCAAGGAGUAGGGUUCUGUACUCAGUAGUAGUACUGAAAAUUUGGCUGUAAAGUAUUACACAGUGUUGUAAAACUAAUUUUGGAUUAGUUCCAAAAAUCAGACUAAGGAAGUGCUACUAGCAUUUUAGGAGAUGCAUUUGAUAGUGAUCAACAAGGAUGCUUAUGGCUGUGUAGUGCAUACUGCUAUGCAUAUCUAUCUGUAUAGAUAUGAAAUACAUGAUUCCUUUGAGCACAUUAGAUCCUCUGUGAUUUUCUGUAGGAAUUUAAACUUUGUCUAGGUUUACAUGCCCUCCAUAAUACUUGAAUAGGUUGUGUGUCCGGAGGUACUACAUUUCUUAAUUAAAAUGGUGGCUUGCGAAUUUAUGUAGCCUUUCCAAUUCAUUGAACACACUUGGGCUGUGCUGAGUUGCUAAAGCAAUAAUUUCCUCAUUAGGGUCAUCCAUCCAAAGGUAAGAUCUUUUGCAUCUUAACUGAGAGUGAGUCUCUUGACUCAUCAGUUUUGCUGCGCUAGAACCGCUAGAACUCCAAGAGUAGGUGGCUGAAAAUGCCUUUUUUUUUUUUUUUUUUAAGGAUUUACCACAUAAAAGAAUCUGCUUGUUCCUCUGAAAUUCAUAAUUCUGUCAUGGCCAAGAGAUGUUCCGAGCUGUCAUUUUGUUUCCACUUGGCAAAUGCAUGCCCUUAAACUAUGUAUCAGAAAUAUAUCCUUAGGACCUCAUGUUAAAGUUAUAUUCUUUCUUAUUUAAUCUAAACAUCUCCUGAAGUCACUAAACAAUUAGUGUACUGAAGGUCAUAAAAAUGUCACUUCCAUGAAAUGUCUUUAUUUGACAGAGUGAAAUAAGAUCAAAUUGGCAAGAAAAUCUGAUUGAUAAUAGAAAUUACCCCUUGUGUUUGCACUUAGUCAGCUAUAUAUAUAUAUGUGUGUGUUUAUAUAUAUAUAUGUAUGUGUGUGUGUGUCGUGUGAGGGCAUGCUGUCAAAACAGCUGAAAUAUUAGAUCCAUCUACUAAAUUCUAGCAGAACUUGUCAGUGAACACUGCAGGAAUUAUUCUAGAUUCAUACAAUAAAUGUAUUUUUCUGAUAUCGACAGUACAUUAGAAUUUUGUGUAAUGUAUUUCAAAACUGUCAUCGUGUAACUUCUCCAAGCACUGAAUAUAUUGGACCGUCUUGGUUUUUGAACUUUCAUAUGUGAUAUAUCCAAGCUUACUGCUGACACAUGAAUAUAUAUGUGUUAUAGGGUUUUUUUUAAUCUUCAACUUGAUCAGGAAAGAAAGUGCUAAAUUGAUGUUUGUGUCUGUCUUUAUUGGAAGACAGGAUAAUUAGUUGACAAUUAACCUGGACUUUAAACAGAGAACACUUUUUACAUCCCCUACCCUAGGAAAGUGUGUGUGGUGGGGUGUUGUUUUUUUUUUUUUACAUUGACAGCAUGCUUACCAAUGUAAAGGAUUUUUUGAUAAAGAUUGAAUAACAAAGGAGUUCCUCAAUCCAGUUAUUUAUCUUUUGAAUUUCUUGCUAGCAGGAAUUAAGAAUACUUCUACCCUAAAUAAGCUUGCAUCAGGAAUCGUAUGUAUUACAGAAUGGUACGUGCUUCGUGUAGUCUUUGUACGGUCGUUGUAUAGCUUUUUAUGUAACUUACCUUGCACUGUGAAUGUGAUUCAUAAUAAACAUUGAAAAUCUAAACUCUG